CAGAUCGCACGUCCCAAUGAUAGGGUUCAGUUUGAAAUUAAUACUUUGCACACGACGCACCACGUUAAUUUUAAUUAUGACGGGUCAAAUAUGUUAAAUCAGCUUCAACAUUUACUGGAUCGAUUAGUCCAAUCAAAUGAAGCAUUAGCGGCCGACAACAAAUUUAAUUUCAGACUACAGGUGAUAAAUAACCCUUCUGGCGGGGGGAAACGAAAAAUCGAAACCAUUUUGGACCACGAAUUAGUCAAUAAAAAACGAAACCAUCUCAUCCGCCCUCCAGAGACCAAUCAGCCGUUGUGUUUUGCGCUAAGCAUAGCUGGCCUGUUAAAUCCCUCAGCGAGAGAUACAGAAUUAUUAAGUGUGGCAAAAAAUAUCCAUCAUCAGGCAGGGCUUCAUGAACAAACACCCGUUUCAUUCAGCGAUGUGAUUCGAUUUGAAAAUAUUGUUCAAAGGAAAAUGAUCAUUUUUUACAGAUCCGACAAAGACAUUUCUAAAUUUGAAACAGAUUUCAACGAUCGGUCAAAUCCGCUGUUCAUUUUGCUACUGAAUCAGCAUUAUUACGGAAUAAAAAAUAUUAAAGGUUUCUUAACUCAUUCACUGCCAUUGAUGACUAAAGUCGUCAUUUUCAAUACAACCGUUCACUGCCAAUGACGAUUUUAGUCGUCAAUUACGUUUUUUAACGGGAGGUGGUAGGGAACAAGCUCGCGCACCCUGACAGUAAACACCAAUCAUCUAAAAAUGAUCUUCAUCUGUGUGUGCAUCAGUGACGUGUCACGUGAUCAGGAAGAAGCCGAUCCAUGAAAUAGGAGCUGGUUUUAGGAAGCCACUAUGCCUAAGGCGAGACGCAAAGCGGAUAAUCUUAUGCAGCUCACACUUCAACAAAGUCUGUUUCGCGGUAGCAAAACUUUGCAUCGUGUUCCUAUCAAAAGAAAAGAUGACAACCAACCCGGGCCAAGCGGAGACGAAAGGCAUACGCCGCAACAUGUUUCAUCUGAGCCAGAGACAGCGAUUUCAGCAGACAGUUCCGACUCGGAUCAUUUUAGCGAACCUGACCCAGAUUCUUCAGAUUAAUGGUUGCCGUCUGGACCAACCGGGAGCAGCAGAGAUUCUUCACCAGACGAUAAAAGAAAAAAUGAAGAAGGUAACGUAACAGCUAGCUAACAGCUAACGGCUGUGUUAUUUGUUUGUUGUGAUCGCGUCAUUCUUUUCUCCCCGCUUUCUCGUCUCCCCUACAUUCAUGAAUGUCACAGUCUCCCCAACACUUGUUUCCAGCUUCUUUCUUUACAGAUUUAUAAUGGAAAUGGUUUGAUUUUUGAUUAUUAUUUGAAGAUAUUUUCAAUUUACAGAUCGUGCACCCAGAAAAGCUCCCCCUGCCACAACUAGUACUGCAAAGAAAAGAGGUCGUGCAUCAAGCAGGAGUCGAGGGCAGGAUUUGGACUGGGAUGAGGCCGGCUGGCAACCCAACAAAAUGCCCUUCACUGCAACCUCUGGACCCAAAGAUGCUGCUGCAGACCUAGACUGUGAUGUGCCAGCUAAGUUCCUGGAGCUCUUCCUGACUGAUGAGCUGCUUGAUCAUGUUGUGCAUCAAACAAAUCUGUAUGCAAGUCAGUAUUUUCAAGCACACCCUGACCUACCACAACAUAGCAGAGGUAAUGCUUGGAAGCCAGUGUCAGUCUCAGAACUGAAAACUUUCUUUGGACUAACUUUCCUGACCGGCUAUGUCAAAAAACCAAGCACUGAAAUGUACUGGAGUGUGGAUGAGGUGGAUGCCACACCUUAUUUCAGCAAAACCAUGUCAAGGAACAGGUUUCAGAUUAUAUGGAAGUUUCUGCAUUACAAUGACAAUGCAAAUCUGGAUGUGAAUGACAAAAUGUACAAAGUCCGCCCAGUGUUAGAUUACAUUGUGGAAAAAUUCAAGCAGAUGUAUCAGCCAGACAAAAACAUUUGCAUUGAUGAGGGUAUGAUGCUGUGGCGAGGGCGCUUAUCGUUCAGGGUGUACAACCCACAAAAGCCUGUGAAAUAUGGAAUCAAGUCCUACAUAUUGUGUGACUCUGCCACAGGUUAUUGUUUCAACAUGAGGCCUUAUUUUGGGGAAGGUAGUAGUAGUAGUUUGCCAGACACCGUAUUUUCUCUUCUUGAUUGCCUUUCAGGUCAUGGCUAUACACUGUAUAUGGAUAACUUCUACAAUUCUGUAGCAUUGUGUGAGCGCUUACUGGAAGCACAGACCAAUGUCUGUGGAACACUGAGGAAGAAUAGGGGGAGCCUCAGGUCAUCAGGGAUUUGGUAAAAACCGAUCUAGGGAUUGGGGACAAAGUUGUGCGGCACAAUGACAAAGUCAUGGUAGUAGCAUGGCAGGACAAACGAUUAGUGAAGAUGGUGACAACCUGCCACCAAGAUGGGAUGCAGAAAGUUAAUGUGUGGCAGAAGGGGCACAAAGACAAGGUUGCUCAGUUCAAGCCAGAGUGUGUUGUUGCAUACAACUCUCACAUGAAUGGAGUGGAUAAGUUGGACCAAAACAUUUCCUACUACCCCUUCAUCCGCAGGUCGCUGAACUGGUCCAAGAAGUUUGUAGCCUACCUGUUCCAAAUGUGCAUAUUUAACGCCUAUAUCCUGUACCGAGCCAGAAACCCAGGGGGAUGUAACACACUUUUGAAGUUCAUUCGUAGUGUAGUGAAGUCCUGGACCUUGAAGGUACACGAGCGGAAAGGGAGUGAGGUGGGGGAACAGGUAGAGGAAGAGGAAGGAGCAGGUGUUGAGGAUGGGGACUUGGAGGAUGUCAAACAUACUCUGAGGGCACCCUAUAACACUGACCCAGAGAGCAGGCUAGAUGGAGACCUUGGCAGACACAAACUCUGUUACCUGAAACCCACCAGUAAGAAGUUGAGACCAACAAAAAGAUGUAGGGUCUGCAUACGCAGAGGAACUCGCAGAGAGACGAAAAUGAUGUGCAAAGUCUGUUGUGUCCCCUUGCACGCAGGACAGUGUUAUAUAGAUUACCACACCACAGUGAGAUACUCUGUCUCUGUGCAGGGGUAGAAGCGCGCGCGCACACACACACACACACACACACACACACACACACACACACACACACACACACACGGGUAUAACUACAACAGCACUUUCUGUAAGAUUGCAUGCCUGCAAAUGAAAUUGUUACCUUUGACAAAAAUGAUUAUUUAUUGUUAUACAUUUGUGAAUAAACAUCUAAUUUCUUGUCAAAAACCAUUUUAUAGUUUGGUUUUACUAUUUUUACACAAGGUAACUGCUUUUGGGGUGUCUGAGGUGUAAAAAAAGCAAAGUAUAUUAGUGUCAAAGACAGUUUACUGCGUUACAUCUCUCUUGACACAAAAAGCCUGUUUUCUCCGUUUUUGGUUCAGAAACAGGCAUUUCUGGUGAAACCCACCUGUGUUCUACAGCAAAUUGUGAAAGAACGGAAAAGGGUUAAAACGAGCCGUUUUCUCCUGAUGAAAGAAGAGAGUUAACUCUUUCAUUUGGUAGUUUUGGUGUUUGCAUAGUCAUAGAGCACAAUAUUCUGUGACUCUUCAAAAAACUGUAAAAAUACUCAAAAUCGCUGGCA